AUGCAGCCGGACACCCUGCUGGGCAGCACGGAGUGAGACUUCUUCUUCCACGAGGAGACCAACGAGUACUUCUUCGACAGCGACCCGGACCUCUUCCGCCACGUCCUGAACCUCUACCGCACCGGGAAGCUGCACUACCCGCGGCAGGAGUGCAGCUCCGCGUACGACGAGGAGCUCGCGUUCUUCGGCGUCGCCCCGGAGAACAUCGUGGACUGCUGCUACGAGGAGCACAAGGACCGGCGGACGGAGAACCAGGAGCGGGUCCAGGACGACGAGGACACGGACCAGACCGACGACCUGGUGGCAGCGGACCUGGGCUUCCGGGAGACCCUGUGGCGGGCCUUCGAGAACCCGCACACCUCCACCGUGGCGCUGGUCCUCUACUACGUCACCGGCUUCUUCAUCGCGGUGUCGGUGCUCGCCAACGUGGUGGAGACGGUCCCGUGCGGCGCCGCGUCGUGCGGUGAGCGGCACGCGCUGGCCUUCUUCUGCCUGGACACCGCGUGCGUCCUGAUCUUCACGGCGGAGUACCUGCUGCGCCUGCUGGUGGCGCCGAGCCGCGGCCGCUUCGUGAGGAGCGUGAUGUCGGUGAUCGACGUGGUGGCCAUCAUGCCGUACUACAUCGGCCUGGGGAUGGCAGACGACGAGGACGUGAGCGGCGCCUUCGUCACGCUGCGCGUCUUCCGUGUCUUCCGCAUCUUCAAGUUCUCGCGGCACUCCGCGGGACUUCGCAUCCUGGGCUACACGCUGAAGAGCUGCGCGUCGGCUGGCUUCCUGCUCUUCAGCCUCACCAUGGCCAUCAUCAUCUUCGCCACCGUGAUGUUCUACGCGGAGAAGAGCUCCAGCGCCAGCAAGUUCACCAGCAUCCCAGCCUCCUUCUGGUACACCAUCGUUACCAUGACUACGCUGGGAUAUGGUGACAUGGUACCAAAGACCAUCAUGGGGAAGGUCGUGGGCUCCGCCUGCUCUCUGAGCGGCGUGCUGGUCAUCGCUCUGCCGGUUCCCGUCAUCGUCUCCAACUUCAGCCGGAUAUACCACCAGAGCCAGAGAGCCGAGAAGAGACGAGCUCAGAAGGCGUCCAAGGAAGCAGGACAGGCGCUGGUGUGUAAGGCCAAACCCAACUUUGACAUUAAGCACAAUCACCUCCUGCACUGCCUGGAGAAAACCACGAACCACGAGUUUGUGGACGAGAAGAUGUACGAGUCGAGCUGCCGGGAGGUCUCUCUGGUGAAGCGGUUGUCUCGCUCGCCCUCUGUCUCCUCCUCCUCGCCUCACGGCUUCACCUCCUGCUGUGCCCGCCGGAAGAGGAAGACCUUCCACAUCUCCAACUCCAACAUGUCUGCGGGUCUGCAUGGCGGCAUCCAGGAGCUGAGCACCAUCCGGAUCAAAGAGCUCACCAACAGUCGCUCCAGUCUGAAUGCUACAUUUGAGGACACGUUUCCUCUGAACUGUGACCCGUACGUCAGCAUGCCGCCGCCGCCCGGCACCCGGACCCAACGCAACACGUCCUCCGGCUCCAUCGACCGCUCCCAGGCCAACAUCGUCAGGGUGUCCGCACUCUAG